AUGUCGAAGGCAAGCAAAGCAGUACGGGGCCAAAGAAAACAAUGGAGGAACCUUAGAAAGGCCAAAGCUGUGCCAAUCUCCGAAUUGGAAGACGAAUUAACUCCUGUUGACUUAAUCAUAACAUUCAAUCAAAACCCACCUCAUGCUGAUUCAGAGACAAUCACGCCAUCGAAUCCUGUGAUCAUGAUUUCAUCAGACUGCAACUCUCACGACGCUGAGGAUUUACAAACCCCCCAGCCUCCUCAAUCAGUCAUACUUCAACCUUCUGAGUUCUAUUGGAUGCCUAUUGAUCCCAAUUAUUUAACUGAAGAGGAUGAUAUGGAUCCCUUAGGCAUGCCACUCUACGCACAACCUGAUAUUGUUGAUUCUUCCGAUGAUGAAGCAUGCAAUCAUGAAUUAGUCAAUGAAGCUAUAUUUCAAGUUUUCACUCAACCUUUUAUCAAUCAACAACCUCUUGGUAAACGCAAAACCAAGAGCGGUCAAAUCCUCAAAGGCUAUAAAAGGCCUCGUGUUCAACUUAAUUCAAAUAAACUUGCACCACAAAAGAUACCAAAAGAGACUCAAAGAAGACAGAGAAUUGAGCAAGAAAAGGCACUUGGCAAGUCCAAGUUUUCAAUGGCGGACUGGGUUAUCAAGAAACCACCUUCAGCCCCAGCUCCGGUCUCUCCUCCCUCUCCACCUGAUAUUGAGCCCGAUUCCUCUGAAAUCGAAUCCUAUUAA